AUGAGGGCUCUUCUCGGGCUUCUCGCCCUGGGCAUGUCGCUCUACGGCGCCCGGGCACUCGAAGUUCCCAUGAACGAAAAAGAAGACUCGCGCCAGUACUGCACAGGAAUGUACAGCCGCACGUCUUGGGGCGGCCCCGUUGAUCCGUUUAUCCUCGUCAAGUUCCUCAACGACACCGCCGCUCAGGGCGACGACCCCAUUGCGAGCCUGGUGAUUUUCGAAUGGAGAGACAGCGAGUUCAUUGGCAUCCCAGAUCCAGAUAUCCAAGCCACGCGACUUGCGCUCUGCGACGACGGCAUGAUCAAGCAGGGCAUCUGCAACUCGACUAACAAAGGCGAAUUUGUCCUGGCCUCGAAUGCGACGGAAAAGUCCCACACGUUGAUCCUGAGCAAGGCGGUCCAUCUCAACAACCCGACCCCGAUCAACUACCCCAUCAAGAAGACUGGCUACUACUGCGUCAUCACCGAGGGCUUCAACAUUGAAAAGUACAACGCCGUCGUGGAGUUCCGAAAUGCCUAUGGCGAGCUGCCGGCAACCCAGAUACCGAAACUUCCUUUCUACGGCGGAAUGUCCAUUCUCUACGCCUUGGUGACCGUCUAUUGGGCCUUUCUCUACUACCAACAUCGGCAUGACAUCCCUAUUCUCAUCUUCUUGGCUAUUGAAAUGCUCCUGACAUGGGGUUUCUACGAUUACCAGAAUCAUCACGGAACGGCCAAUGUCGGGAGUAAGGUCUACCUCAUCGUCGUUGCGAUCCUCAAUGCGGCCCGAAACUCGUUCUCCUUCUUCCUGCUCCUCAUCGUCUGCAUGGGCUAUGGCGUUGUCAAGCCCACCCUUGGCCGCACAAUGAUCUACGUCAGAUGGCUUGCUGCUGCGCACUUUGUGUUUGGUAUUGUCUAUGCAGUUACGAGCUUGCUGGUAUCACCAGAAAGUGCUGGGCCAUUUGUUCUCCUGAUUGUCCUUCCGCUGGCCGGAACUCUGACGGCCUUUUAUGUCUGGACGCUUAACUCGCUCAGCUUCACACUUAAGGAUCUGCGUGAGCGAAAGCAGCACGUCAAAGAAGGCAUGUACAAGAAGCUGUGGUGGGCCAUCCUCAUCAGCGUCUUGGUCAUCUUUGCCUUCUUCUUCUUCAACAGCAUCACCUUUGCGUCGGUCAACGAUCCCGACUUCGUCCCCUUUCACUGGAAGACCAGGUGGUUCAUCCUGGACGGCUGGCUCAACAUUGUCUACUUUGCAGACGUUGCCUGGGUCGCCUACAUCUGGCGUCCCACGGCCAACAAUCGCCGCUUUGCCAUGAGUGACGAGAUUGCGCAGGAUGACGACGGCAACUUUGAAAUUGGCGACAUUGGCAUGCCCGACGACUCGGACGACGAAGAGGCGCAGAUUGGCAAUAACAAGCCCGCUGCCAACUAUGGACAGGAGAGUGGCUUGACAGGCGCUGGGCUGGCCCAGCCGGGCUCUAGCAGGCCUGCUCCCAGUGGCGCGCAGUCACAGGCAACCGCUCGUGGUGGCCCGCGAGAGUCUCUGGACGGCGAGACGAUCUUUGCGGUGGGCGAAGACGGCGACAAGGCAUCGGACAGCGAGGCCGAGAGCGAGGCGGAUAGCAAUGACGAGGACGCCAAGCUUGUCAACAAGAAGCGGUAA